AUGCCUCUCCAUUUGCGUCCAGCCACAUCAGCAGACGUGCCAGAAAUGGUGGCGGUCUACUUCUCCGCAUUUGCCUCCUCGCCACUAACCCAGAUCGUCUUCCCCGAAUCAUCAGCCGCCGCCCGUAAACUAUGGAUCGACAUGUUGGACGAGGAGAUCAACGACCCACGCGCCCACUUUGCCGUAGUGGUCGACUCGCAAACCUGCUCCUCAUCAUCAUCCCCCAAAGACGACGGCAGCGCAAGCCCCAACGGCAGAAUAAUCGCCUUCGCCAAGUGGGUAUCCCCCUCGCCAGACCCCAACACGACCUCCGUCCCGGCCGCGCCGCCGCGGUCCAUCUGGCCGGCCGACGGCGACCCGGCGUUCGCAGACGAGUUCUUCACGGGCAUCACGGCCAAGCACGCCGAGAUCAUGGGCGACAGGCCGCACUGGUACCUGGAGCUGAUCGCGACGCGGGCCGAGGACCAGGGCAGGGGUGCGGGUGGGAUGCUGAUGCGGUGGGGCGUCGGCUUGGUCGGCGCCGAGGCGGCGUUCCUCGAGGCCAUGCCGGGGGCCAAGGCGCUGUAUGGUAGGUUUGGGUUCGUGACGGUGCAGAGGAUGGAUUUUGUCGCGCCGGAUGGGAGGGUUGUUGGUCAGGACUUUAUGGUGAGAGAGAAGGGGGUGGUUUAG